GCCACCGCCACCGCCGCCACCCCGGGUUCCGUCCGUCGCCAGCUCGGCCCAGCUCCUGCUGCGGCCCCUCACCUCGUCUCCAUCCAGUCGACCCCAGGGGCGCGCCUAAGUCGGCCCGGGGACGACGAAGCCCGAGGGACGCGCGCGCGGCAGCCCCUUUGUGGACUUCACGGCCGCCAACAUCUGGGCGCAGCGUGGGCUACCGCUGGCCGCCGCGCAGCCACCUCGCCUUGGGGACCGUAGGAGGCGCAGCCCCAAGGCCGGAGACUUCAGUUCGGGACCAGCCCCCCGGGAUGCGGUAGCGGCCACGGUGCGGAGGCCGCGAAGCAGCUGCAGCCGCCGCCGCGCAGAUCCACGCUGGCUCCGUGCGCCAUGGUCACCCACAGCAAGUUUCCCGCCGCCGGGAUGAGCCGCCCGCUGGACACCAGCCUGCGCCUCAAGACCUUCAGCUCCAAGAGCGAGUACCAGCUGGUGGUGAACGCAGUGCGCAAGCUGCAGGAGAGCGGUUUCUACUGGAGCGCAGUGACCGGCGGUGAGGCGAACCUGCUGCUCAGCGCUGAGCCGGCCGGCACCUUCCUCAUCCGUGACAGCUCGGACCAGCGCCACUUCUUCACGCUCAGCGUCAAGACUCAGUCGGGGACCAAGAACCUGCGCAUCCAGUGCGAGGGGGGCAGUUUCUCGCUGCAGAGCGACCCCCGCAGCACGCAGCCGGUGCCCCGCUUCGAUUGCGUCCUCAAGCUGGUGCAUCACUACAUGCCCCCCCCGGGCACCCCCUCCUUCUCGUCACCGACGGAACCCUCCUCCGAGGUGCCGGAGCAGCCGCCUGCCCAGCCGCUCCCAGGGAGCACCCCCAGGAGAGCCUAUUACAUCUACUCUGGGGGUGAGAAGAUCCCCCUGGUGUUGAGCCGGCCUCUCUCCUCCAACGUGGCCACCCUUCAGCAUCUCUGUCGGAAGACCGUCAAUGGCCACCUGGACUCUUACGAAAAAGUCACCCAGCUGCCUGGACCCAUUCGGGAGUUCCUGGACCAGUACGAUGCCCCGCUUUAAAGAGCAAAGGGCAGGAUCAGGACAGGGGCCUGGGUCCCCUUCUCCGUGGCACAUGGCACAAGCACAAAAAUCCAGCCCUAACAGAGUCCUGUAGCUCUGGGUGAGCCAGGGGGCUAACAAGCCCCUCCCUCCCGCCCUCCUCUCUGCAGAAUGGGGCAGGCAGGACCGGGAAUGUGUGUGAGGGAAGGGGGAGUGCCACCUGGCUCCCCUCCCCCACUCCAGCUUCUCCUGGGAGCUAGCUGGCCUGGUGGGACUUUAGCAACGACCAGUGGAUUCUUCUGUCGCCUCCUCUCCCUCCACUCCCCCUCAGAUUCCCAACGGACACCUUGGGAGUGUUGAACUAAUGAGAACUGCAGGGGAGUCUUCAAACUUUCCAACAGAACUUCUUUGCGCUUUGAUUUCUUUUAAACCUGAGCUGCCAGGGGAAGGAUGGAAGAGAGAGAAAGCCUGAGGGGGCUCCCUGAGGCUGUGGGCUAACCAAGGAAAUGGCCACUCCCUCUCCCCAGGCCAGGUGAGGAGGGUGGCUGCAUGUGUCACUCCCUAGCUCUGGGGAGAAGGGCAGCUAUGAAAUCCAGGUCCCAAAGUCCACUGGUGCCCCAGAGCCCUUCCCUGUUUUCAGGAGGAAGUGGCACUUGAAGGGGCUGGCCAGUUGGUCUCCUUUUCCUGCCCACCCUGUACCUUCAGCACCUGGUGGUGAGUGGAGAACCUCUGACCCUAGGACCCCCAGAGAAGAUGGGGAGGAUUCUACUUUUGUGCCUCCUGACUUAGGUCUGGCUAGAAGAUUUGCCUUAAAAUGUUCUGUCCCAUGGAUAGGGACUGGCACACAGGAGCCAAACACACAGCCAAUCCAGGCAAAGGCAGAGGGAAUCAUGAGAGGGCACCCAGCCAGCCACACUGGUCAGGGGACAUGGGUGGGGGGCAGAGACCCGGGCCUGGGAGAGAGUCUGGCACUUCAUGGUCAGCAGAGCCAACCAGGUUCCACAGCCCCCAGGCCAGGCAUAGCCCUCCCUCCACCUGGGUCAGGGGAGGCAGGAAGUCUUCUAGAAGCCUGCCACUCCUGCUGCUCUCUGGCGCUGCAAUCCCACUGGUCAGUGACAGCUUACAGGAAUGUAGCAGUGAAGGAAUUACCUGGAACUGUUCUUUAUUGGGGAGAAAACAAUAAACACGGUUUUCUGGGUCAGGUAGCGGGCUGGGUGGGAUAGCUGUGUGUUGGGAUGGUUUUCUUCUCUUUUUUUUCUUUUUUUUUUU